AUGAAUAUUGUUCUUCAUUGCAUGAUUUCUCUUGUAAUACUUUAUUCUCUUAUGUUAACCCCUUGUUAUGGCCUCAACCGUAAAUUGUUUAAUGUCUCUCAAAUUCAAAGUAAUAAUAAUAAAUGGCAAAUGGCAAUAGCUACAUGGUAUGGACCACCAGAAGGUGCUGGUUCGGAUGGUGGUGCAUGUGGAUAUGUUGAUACUGUAGAGAAACCACCACUUAAUAAAAUGAUAUCAGCUGGAGGUCCAUCUCUUUUUAAGGGAGGCCAAGGAUGUGGUGCUUGUUAUGAGGUGCAUGUGAAAUGCAAUAAAAAUAGUGCAUGCUCAGGAAAAGCCAUGCGUGUGAUGAUAACUGAUAAUUGCCCUGGAUGUGAGUCUACCCAGUUUGAUCUAAGUGGAACUGCCUUUGGUUCCAUUGCAAAACGUGGUCAAGCUCAAAAUCUUCGCAAUGCUGGAAAAAUUAAUAUUCAAUACAGAAGGGUUAAAUGCUAUUUUGGGAAAUCAAUAGCCUUUACAAUUGAUAGUGGAUCCAACCCAUACUAUUUUGCAACAGAAAUAGAAUAUGAAAAUGGAGAUGGUGACAUUGUAGAUGUUGAAGUGAACCAAUCAAACACAUGGCUUCCAAUGCAACGUUCUUGGGGUGCAAAAUGGGCUUUGAACAAAGGUUCACAAUUUCAAGCUCCAUUUUCUAUUAAGAUCACACAACGUGGAAAUGGAGGUGACAAGACCAUAGUAGCUAAGAAUGUAAUCCCACGAAAUUGGAAACCCGGUCAAGUUUAUCGUUCAACGGUUAAUUUCUAG